GUAAACAUAUUUAGACAGUCUUACACCUUUGAUCACCAAACUCGUUUUUUUUUGCGAAAAGUCAGAGGCUUUCACACCGUCAUCAUGGUCGAAUGGACAGACGCCGAGCGCACCGCCAUCUCCACCCUGUGGUCAAACCUUGAUGUGGGUGAAAUUGGUCCCCAAGCCCUGUCCAGGCUUCUGGUCGUGUUCCCAUGGACCCAGAGGUACUUUCCUACCUUCGGGGACCUUUCCACCCCCGCAGCCAUCGCCGCAAAUCCCAAAGUGGCUCAGCACGGAAGAACUGUGAUGGGCGGCCUUGAAACCGCUGUGAAGAACAUGGACAACAUCAAGAACGCCUACGCCAAACUGAGCGUCAUGCACUCCGAGAAGCUCCAUGUGGAUCCCGACAACUUCAGGGUCCUUGCCGAGUGCAUCACUGUGGUCGUGGCCGCCAAGUUUGGACCCAGCGUCUUCACCCCUGGUUUCCAAGAGGCCUGGCAGAAGUUCCUGGCCGUGGUGGUCUCCGCCCUGGGCAGACAGUACCACUAAGUGGCCGACCACUGAAGAGCUGCAGCGAAACAUCAGUUUCUGAGCAAUUAAACGCUGCCAAAAAAAAUAUAUCAAUAAAAAACUCAAAUCAUA